UACCGCUAUCGCCCGUAGUCCCCAUGCAGACCAUCAACCGCUUUCUCUAUGGGCCCACCGCAGAGGAGAAAGUCCGUGCAUGGCAGGGGAAGCUGCGUUCAGAACAACGGACCAUUGAACGCGAGAUGAGGCAGCUAGAUACCGCCACGAAGAAGGCGCAGGGAACGGUCAAGCAGCUCGCCAAGAAAGGCGAUGUGAAGUCUGCGCGCAUCAUGGCCAGGGAGGUCGUACGGAGCCACAAGCAGAUGGACCGGCUUUCCGUGAGCAAAGCUAGGCUAGGCUCCAUUGGAAACCAGCUACAGCAGCAGCUGGCUAUGGCGAAGGUCACGGGAUCGCUACAGAAGUCCACCGAGAUCAUGAAGCUUUCCAACUCCCUCAUCAAACUGCCACAAAUCAGCCAGACCAUGAGAGAGAUGAGUAUGGAGAUGACGAAGGCUGGCAUCAUGGAAGAGAUGCUGGAUGAUACCCUGCAAUUUGAAGACGACGAAGAGCUCGACGUCGAGGCAGAUGCUGAAGUGGAUAAGGUACUCUAUAAUCUCACGGAAGGGAAGCUCGGCCAAGCCGGCACGGUCAAGGAGGAUCUACCAUCAUUACAGGACCAGGUGGAGGACGAGGAGACGGAACGAGCGAUGGAGCAAUAUCGACAACAGCUGAAUGGACUGCUGAGCGGAUGAUACCUCUUUCACAUUCCACCGGCCCUUCUUAUUUCUCUUGUACCAUAUUUAAUGCGUGUGUACACUACUUGUCGAGCAAGCGAACCGGAUAUAUAGAUACCUUGCUGACCG